CAGCUGGAGUCUUUGAGCGCGCUGGACUACAAGAGCCCAGGAAGCGCCUAGAAGAUAGCAGCUCCUCGGAGAUGCCUUCGCCUGAGCAGUAAGAACUUCCUGCUUGAGUCCCCAGUACCCUUCCCCGUGAAACUCCCAGGGAAAGAGGGGUGGAAGACCCCCGGGGGGGGGGGAUCCUGGCGCAGCCCUUUCUCCCCUCCCCCUCCCCCGCUGGGAGCGCAGGCAUGGAUGUGCUUAGCCCUGAUCAGGGCAACAACACCACGUCGUCCCAGAGUCCCUUCGGGGCACGCGGCAACGCUACUGGCAGCUCCGACGUGACCUUCAGCUACCAAGUGAUCACCUCUUUGCUGCUGGGCACACUUAUCUUCUGCGCAGUGCUGGGCAAUGCGUGCGUGGUGGCUGCCAUCGCCCUGGAGCGCUCCCUGCAGAACGUGGCGAACUAUCUUAUAGGCUCGCUGGCCGUCACCGACCUCAUGGUGUCAGUGCUGGUGCUGCCCAUGGCCGCGUUGUAUCAGGUGCUCAACAAGUGGACUCUGGGACAGGUCACCUGUGACCUGUUCAUCGCCCUCGACGUGCUGUGCUGCACCUCGUCCAUCCUGCACCUGUGCGCCAUCGCGCUGGACAGGUACUGGGCCAUCACAGACCCCAUUGACUACGUGAACAAGAGGACGCCCCGGCGCGCCGCUGCGCUCAUUUCGCUCACUUGGCUCAUUGGUUUCCUCAUCUCCAUCCCGCCCAUGCUGGGCUGGCGCACCCCAGAAGACCGCUCAGACCCUGAUGCAUGCACCAUCAGCAAGGACCACGGCUACACUAUUUACUCCACCUUCGGCGCUUUCUACAUCCCGCUGCUGCUCAUGUUGGUUCUCUACGGGCGCAUCUUCAGAGCAGCGCGAUUCCGAAUCCGCAAGACUGUCAAAAAGGUGGAGAAAAAGAGAGGCAACAAUCCCCUUGGGGCGUCGCCUGCCCCGCAGCCCCCAAAAAGCGUAAAUGGUGAGCCAGGUAGCAGAGACUGGAAGCAAAGCAUGGAGAACAAGGCAGCAGCGGCUCCGUGCGCCAACGGCGCGGUGAGGCAGGGCGAAGAAGGUGCCGCCCUGGAGGUGAUCGAAGUGCACCGAAUGGGCAACUCCAAAGAGCACUUGCCGCUGCCCAACGAGGCCAGUGCUGUCUCCUGCGUCCCCACCUCCUUCAAGAAGAAAAAUGAGCGCAACGCUGAAGCCAAGCGCAAAAUGGCCUUGGCCCGAGAGAGGAAGACUGUGAAGACGCUGGGCAUCAUCAUGGGCACCUUCAUCCUCUGUUGGUUGCCCUUCUUCAUUGUGGCCCUGGUCCUGCCUUUCUGCGAGAGCAGCUGCCACAUGCCCACCCUGUUGGGCGCCAUAAUCAAUUGGCUGGGCUACUCCAACUCUCUGCUCAACCCUGUUAUUUACGCCUAUUUUAACAAAGACUUCCAAAACGCUUUUAAGAAGAUUAUCAAGUGCAAGUUCUGCCGCCGAUGAUGAUGGAAGA